AUGAUUAUGUUCAUUAAGAGAGAAACGAGAAUAUUUUUUGAAUUUCAGGAAGAAGAAUUUAAGCAGCGAUUAGCUUUGACAGAUGCUGCACCAUAUAGUGAUGAUGAAAUCGCGAUUUCGCGAAGGAAUCGAAUCGAUUAUUCAAAAAAAGUUACAAUGGAAAUGGCGAAAUCUGGGAAAGCUGGGCGAGAAAUUCGUGUAUAUGCCGAUGGUAUUUAUGAUUUGUUUCACUAUGGCCAUGCGAAUCAAUUAAGACAAGCGAAGAAUGCUUUCCCAAACGUUUAUCUGAUUGUCGGAGUUUGUGGUGAUGCAAACACACAUAAAUACAAAGGGCGUACAGUCACUUCUGAAGAUGAGCGUUAUGAAGCAGUAAGACAUUGUCGUUAUGUCGAUGAAGUUUAUCGAGAUGCACCUUGGUAUUGUUCGGUAGAAUUUUUAAAAAAUUUGAAGGUUGAUUUUAUUGCUCAUGAUGCAUUGCCAUAUGUUGCUCCAGGUGAGGAAGAUCUUUAUGAAAAAUUCAGACGUGAAGGAAUGUUUGUUGAAACACAACGAACAGAAGGAGUUUCUACGAGUGAUGUUGUUUGUCGAAUAAUUCGCGAUUAUGACAAAUAUGUACGAAGAAAUUUGCGACGUGGAUAUACGGCAAAGGAAUUAAAUGUUGGAUUUUUAACUGCGAGAAAAUAUCAGUUACAAGAUAAAGUGGAUUCGUUUAAGCAAAAAAGUAUUGAAUUGCUACAGAAUUGGAAGAUGAAAUCGGAUGACUUUAUACGUGAUUUCCUUGAAACUUUUCAUAAAGAUGGUGGUUUAAAUAGUAUGGGCAGUAGAUUGCGUGAAUUGGUAUCAAGAAGUCCGUCGCCAACGUACGAUUACGAGGAACAAGCAGAAGAAGAUACAUUUGGAGCACCUGUCGCCUAA